GAGUCGGUCGUGUGGUUUCUCCUACGGGGAGGCGGCGAACCAUUUGAAGGCUUGUCCUACCCAGCCGCCAUCAUCGUUGGAAACCACCCAUCGGUCGUGGCAACGGCCUGGGUUUGUUGAAUCGAUAGCUUAACACUUUUGUGCGAUUUUGUGCGAAACGACGACGACGACGACACGGGAAUCCGUUACAAGAGUGGUGAUUUUUUUCUUUCUGCUGCGUGCCCAGUUACAAACAAAAGCCGUCACAGUGGAGGGUGAUAUGUCAAAGGAGAAAAAACCCAAAAAGCCUAAAAAGGCUGUGCCGGACAUUCAGCCGGUUGAUGGGUUAAGUGCAGUGGACCGGCAGUUUUUCGAAAUAACCAUCAACGAUCUGAACCAGAAGCUGGCUCGUUUGCGGACUCACAAUGUUCAGAUUGAGGAACGUAACGAGGAGCUGGAGAGCAAGCUGAAGCAGGUUGAGGAAGAUCGAGCAGAUGUGACCGCUUUUCUGAAUCGGAUCUUGCAGGAGAAGCUGGCCGUUAUUGUGGAGCUGGAAGAUAAGUUAAGUGAGCUGUCUAAAGUGCGUGACCAGGAGAACGAAGAAUGUCAAAAGCAGAUAAAUUCGUUGGACGCAAAGUUCAAGGCGAUGCACGAACAACUGACAUCGGAAAUUAAGCUGUUAACGGGUAAGCUGAACUCCAUGGAAGAGUUCCGUAUUCAGCGAGAUGAGUUGAUGGCUAAAUUUGAUGCUCAAGAUACGGAGCUGAAGGAGCAGACAAAACGUCACAAAACAACCCUGUACGAAAUGGAACGAAAAGUUAUACUUGAUAAAGAUCGUCUUCGGAAAGAUGUCGAGAACAAGCUGCUGCAGCUAUCUACCGAAUUUACGAAAUCUUCAGAGAUUCGAGUGGCGGCUCACACUCAGCGUUUGGUUCGGGAAAACAUUUCUCUCAACAACGAAAUGGAUCGAAUGAUUUUCACACAAGAGCGACUGGAAAGGAAAUGCGCAGAUCUGAAGGCGGUGAACAUCGAGUUGAAAAACAAAGCAGAAAUUGAUCUCAUCGAGAAGGAUCGAUUAAUGCAAACGUGUCAGGAAAGAUUGGAUCUCGUCAAACAGCUUACCGAUCAGUACGAACUUCAGCUGCAAAGUAAUCUACAGUUGAAUGAGUUCAAGGAGAAAGCGGACGAAUUUGUUACUGAAACUCAAGCCACCAAGAAAGAGUACAACCAACUGAGACAAAAGGUUCGUAUUCUGGAGCAAUAUGUCCAUUACAUCAAUGCCGAUCGUCAGGAUCUACGCAACGAAGCCGGUUAUUACCGUGAAGAAUUUGGUCGCAUAGCGGAAGUACUCAAAACUGUCCGCUUCACCGUGAGAUCAGCAUUCAGUGAAGAAGAAAUGGAUGAUUUACCGCAUCGAGAAAUUAAACGGAGGCGGCUCAUUUCUGACCUUUUGAGCACAUUGACAGAUCUUGAAAUGAAACCUCGUAUCGAAAUCGAAAAACAACAACCGACGUUAGAUGAAGAGUACAAACAAGGUGACCUUGGAGUGAUUUCACGAGAAAUUGUUGAUGACACCCUGCUACAACCCAACUCAGCACUUCAAGCGAUCGAGACCCCGAUCAUAAGUUCAGACACGGCCUCAUCGAAUACCGAAAAGGACAGUACAAACGUCAAAAUAACGAGCGAAAGUGACGAAGUACUUGAUCCCGUCAGCGGUUCGAAACUUCACUUCGAGGGUGAUCCGGAUCUGAGGGAGAAACCCGCCGAGGGAGACGACGAGAAUGGGUCCGAUUCGAAACUGGGAGAAGACUCCGGUGGCCGAAGUUCCGAACAGGACGAUGCAAGCCCGUACGAGCGAUCACUCCGGGGGGAAGAUUCACGUAGCGGAAGGGUUUCGGCCGCGUCCGAACGACCAGAGGACGUCAUCAUCGACGCACCGGAAGUGAUCGAGGACGAACCAAUUGAAUUUGCUCCCCCCACGAUCACCAAGCAGGACCAAGAUUGAAUAGUGUAAC